GCCCAGUAGAAUAUAUAGGCCUCUGUUGCUUAAGCAGCCUCCUGUUGUUGCCAAAAACUCUUCCAUGCUGGCCCACACAGAGUCAGCGUGCCAUCCAACCUCACUCUCUGACAAGUAAUGAAGUUACUUUAAAACUUUCACUGCUCUGCCCCACAUAACCUUUCAGAUGGACUGAGUGUUCAUUUUAUAAGGUUGAUCAGUGAAAAACAAAUUCAGGUAAUCAACUGACAUUAUGAAAGAAUGAAUUAAAUCCAUCUGCUUGUAGACUUUUCUUUGGAACAGGCCCGGUUCACAGUCUGAUCAACUUCUCUUAAAUAAAUCGAAUUUCCUCUUCAUCUUCCGUCAGGUUUAACAUACAUUGAGCCCUCUAAACAAACAUUCGGUUGUGCUGUCAUUAAGAAAAACAGUGUUUCUUGAAUGGACUGCGAGAAUGCAGAACCAAAACACUUGCGAUGUGGCAUUAGUCACAUUAACUGUGUCAUUACCCUUGUGACACACAUUUCUCACAUGGCCAGGAGAUAGACAGAGUAAGCGAGGGGGUUUCCCAUAAUCUUUGAACAGCAGUGGUCGGAAGGAAUAACUUAGCGCAUGAUUGUCUUGAAAAUAACCAUUCUUGGAAAACACUGCCACGAUUUAUGGGAAAGAGGCAAAAGAAAGAAACAAAUAUAUGUACAUGAAUAAUUUACGGUAACAGAGAACUCGGUCACUUCCUUUUUUUGUCAAGUGCCUACGUGAACAUUCACGAAAUAGAGAAACAGAGAUUCAUUGUCAGUUGGAGUUGACUUGAAAUCUCUCAACACUUUGAAAUCGUGCUGUUGUCCUUAAGAUGCAGGGUGACCCUGUGUACGACUAUCCUGACUCUCAGCCUGUAGGGGAAAAACGGGCAUGUCUACAGCGAGGAUCCCUGAAGAGCAUCAGUGUGCUGGACCGGCUCCUGCUUACACAUCCUGUGUGGCUUCAGCUCUCCAUUAACUCAGCUACCGCUUUGCACAUCCUCCGGCGUGAGCCCUCUGGGACCUUCCUGGUGCGAAAGUCUAGCACAUCACAGAAAAAAAUGCUUUGUGUGCGGCUGGCCGAUGACAGCAUGCCGUCCUUCUUUAAACAGUUUGUCAUCCGAGAGGAAGACUCAGCCUUCUCAUUGGAAAGCUCAGCCAUCAGUUUUCCAGACCUGUGUAGACUGGUUGCCUUCUACUGUGUUAGCCGGGAUGUCCUUCCCUUCACUCUGGAGCUGCCCGAGGCCAUAGCCAAGGCUUCUUCGCAUAAACAGUUGGAGUCAAUCUCUCAUAUGGGUGUGGAGUUUUGGAGUUCCCAGUUUAAUGUCCGUGGUCCUCGUAAUGAAUCUCCAGUCACCAACAAACUCUUGCCCCCAGCUCCAAGCCCUCAAGACUGCUCUACGCCUAUUGACCCAAAGCCCACCCCAUUCCAGGAGCUUUGUUCAAUCCAAACACGGAGACCCUGCGAGUUGAAUUAUGGGGGAGGGAAAGAAUUGUGCUUUAUCAACCCUCUCUUCCUGCAAGAAUACCCUGGUCGCAGCGCCAUGCACAGAUGUCAUAAUUUCAAAUCCAGCGUGAAGGUCCGUGUCUCCACUGAAAAUUCUAGCCCUUUAUCACCACCUGUCAUCCCACCCCCUCCACCACCAUUACUGGCUAAAGCUAAAUGCAAAGCUAGAUUGAAAGCUGCUAAGCUGGCAACCCAACCUUUUGCAGUUCAAGCCAGUGAGGAAGCUAUCAAGAAAACAGAUCAUGUGCAAGAAGCCACAGACUAUGUGCAGCCUUGUAUGGCGUUGCAGAAGAGGGCCUCUGCCAUGGUCAACCCUACCCUUUCUCCCACUGCUGAGGAAGAUGGCUAUCAGAUGCCCACAGCUUUUCAAAAGGAGGAAGAUGAGGAUGAGGAGGAAGGACUGGUGCUGGAACAGCGACGUGUUCCGUCCCUCAGUGAGCUGGAUAGCAACAGUUCCCUUAGUAGCCUCGAUGAGACAGAGGAGAGUCCUGAGCGUCCUCCCCUCAUACGAGGCACCAGCAAUCCCAUCAUGCCUUGUCGGUCACCUCCCCGGAAGUCCAUUUCCGCCCUGCGCAAGAUGAGCACCGCCUUCAUGUCCUUUUUCGCACCAGAGAAGCGGGUGACGCGGCUGGUGGAGGACCUGUCUCGUGACCGCUGUAUGGCGUUCGGUGCUCUUGUUCAGGAUUUUCUGAGGCAACAGAGAGAGGUGAAGCCCCGGUGCUUGACCUCUUCUGUACAGCUGCUCCAAGAUUUACGUCUUUUCAUCAAUCAUGCCAAGGCGUUCCUCCUAGAGUGCGGCGAGCUGGAACCUCCAAUAGAGACUCUUCUUCCUGAAAAUGAGAAAGACCAAGCACUGGAGAAGGCCAUGUUCCGAUGUGUGCUGAAGCCUCUGAAGCCUCAGAUUGAUGCAGCACUUCGGAAUCUGCACAAGCAAGAUGGUUCCUUCCAGAGAAUGAUGGACAGCCUGCAAAGAGCUAAAGGAGCUUCACCACAGCAGCUUUUUGGGGUUCAGGUGGGCGUACCUGAUGCCCAGGGCAUUGAAAAUAUUAGGCACAAACUGACUCUAAUGCAACGGGCCUAUUCGCCCAUAGACAAAGUGCUGCUGCUCUUGCAGAUCUGCAAACUCAUUUACAAAGCCAUGAAAAACAAAUCAGGUCAAGAAUUUGGAGCAGAUGACUUCUUGCCUGCUCUCUCCUACGUGAUGGUGUUGUGCAAUAUGCCCGAGAUCUCUUUGGAGGUGGAGUACAUGAUGGAGCUUUUGGAAAGCUCUUGGCUUACAGGAGAAGGCGGUUACUAUCUGACAAGUCUCUAUGCCAGUCUGAGUCUGAUCCAGAGUCAGCCAGAGGGUGUGCCACCCAGCGGCCUUACAAACCAGGCUAGAGAGUCUCUGAAGGAAUGGAGCCGGCGUCGGAGCAACGAACCCCAAAGUCAGAAAGACAAUAAAAUGCACCAGAGGUUUGUUAAGGUGCUGUUUCAAGAUGGGGACAACAGCUUGGUGAAAACUCUGCUGUGGAAGACUGGGGUCAAUGGAGAAGCUAUGGCUCAGUUCUGUGCUGUGAAGUUUGGGGUGGACCGGCCUGAUGAUUAUUGCCUGUACUGCAGAAGAGAUGGGGAUUUAAUGCCUCUCCCAUUUAAUGCCCAGAUCGAGGACCUGCAGAGCAUAGGCGCAAGUGGGGUUCCCCUUAUCUACCAGGCGUUCAAUCAGGACGAAAGGUCCUAGAAGCUGACCAGAGGGGGUGCAGUGGAUCUCACAGAAGAGGCUUCAUAAUAUUUGACUUUCUGUAAUGUAGGUCCAUGACUUGGUACCAGCAAUUCUGUACUUCAUACAGCAUGAGCAGUUUCCACUGAAUCAGUUGUGCUUUGUUAAACUGUUGAUUAGCGAUGGCUGAUGAAAUAAUGAAACCAGCUCUAGAACUGAAAGGGAUAGUUUACCUAAAUAUGAAAAUUCUGUCAUCAUACUCACCCUCACAUAUGACUUACUUUCUUCCAUGGAACACAAAAGGUGUUAGCCUCAGUCACCAUUCACUUUCAUUGUACAGAAAAAAUAUGCAUUUAAGAUGCAUAGUAAAAGAUGACAGAAUUUAGAUUUUUGGGUAAACUAUCCCUUUAAACUAUUUUAACUGCAUUUCCACUGAAUUUAUUUAAUCUUGACAGUGAGUAGCGACAUUUUUCACACAUAUCUUUAGUUUUUGUGUGUAUUACUGGUAAUUAUAGAUCCUAUUCAGUUGGUGUUGUGUGACCUUCAUUGAGCUUGAUUUAUAUGGCAUUUCCUUCGGUUAUAUUAUUGUAUUAUUUAAGUUUCAUAGAAUUUUCAAAGAAAGUUCAGAGCAGGGACUACUUGGUUACUAAUGGAUUCAUUACUCCAACAGUUCUCAGAAAGUGUUUAGUUUGUUUUGUAAAUACUGCCUAAGGUUAAAUAGAAAAUUAUGGAAAUUUCACAUUUAAAAGAUGGUAAAUACUUAAUAACUGGAUUUUAUCUUAUUGUUUACCUUGUAUGAUAAUAUUUGUAUCAAAUGCAUUAUAGUGUUUUGAAAGCUAAGUGCUGUGGUAUUUUGUAAUAAAAUGACAAUAGAACACCUUGAAAAAUUAUUUGAUUUUAUUUGGUAGGGGCUGUUGGUUUUUAAUGUCCAAACUGAACACUUUGAGAAAAGAACAAAUGAAGAACUGAUUUAAUGGAAUUGACAAUGAACUUUAUAUUCUUGAGAACUCUAACAUUUCCCCUACAGAUGAGUCAAUCAGCAGCUUAACUCUACACUAGUAGAGUAUUUCCAUUUUACAGUCAGUUGUCAAGUGUGUUAUGUGUUGAGAUUACAUAAGUUCAACCCUCACACAGCAAGUUCACUCUUGUCAGUGCGUUCUCAUGGCUAUGUGGGAAGUGUGGGCUGUGGUCUGAUUUAAUGCAGGAACAGAAAAUUCUAAUUAGAACUUUAACAAGACUCGCAAUUGCUUUGCAGUGAACAGAAAAGACAGAAAAACAAGAUUAGUGGUAAGUGAGAUGUGGAAGGUAAAGCGUUGGUUGUUUUACAAGCAUGUCUGUUCAUAUAAGUACGUUUCUUAGUUCCUCCUACAUGUGAAAGAAUGUGUUUUAUAAUCAUUACCAGUCACUUCCUUGUGCAUUCUGCAG